UCUAAUGCUGUGAUAGAAAAUUAAUACAUGGCGUUUGUCGUCCAGGGAACUAUUUUUCAUUUCUAUGUGUCCCAAAUAAAGUUUAUUUAUAAUGUACACGAGUUAAUUAUGCCAGUGCUGAUUUCGGCGUGAAGUUGCACGGUCUGGGCGAAUACAGAUAUGUUCAACAUAAACAAACUAUGUCUGUUUUCUUGUCUCUGCGUUAUUGUUAUUAUUGUCCUCUAUUUUCAAUCAGAAAUCGCUCGUUUGGAGGAUAGUUAUCGUAAAUUAGAGUUUAGGCUGGUGCAAACUCAUUCGGAAUCUCGCCAGUUUUUCCCUAAAGUACCGGAGAAAAGUGACGAUGAUACUGUGGUGAUAUACAACAGGGUCCCGAAGACGGGAUCGACGAGUUUCGUGGGCGUAGCAUACGAUUUGUGUAAGAGGAACAACUUUAAAGUGUUACAUAUCAAUAUAACUGCAAACAGACAUAUCAUGUCUUUGAACAACCAGUAUAAGUUUGUUCAGAACGUGACCAAAUGGCAGGAAGUGAAGCCAGCCUUGUAUCAUGGGCACAUGGCCUUCCUCAACUUUGAUAGGUUGGGAGCCACAUCAAAGCCUAUAUUUGUUAAUUUAAUAAGGAAACCUCUCGAUAGACUAGUAUCAUAUUAUUACUUCUUAAGAAAUGGUGACAAUUACAGACCGCAUUUAGUGCGGAAAAAGCAUGGUGAUAAAAUGACGUUCGACGAAUGCGUGGAGCGGGGUCAGCCGGAUUGUGACCCCAACAACAUGUGGCUGCAAGUGCCCUUCUUCUGUGGACAUUCUGCUGACUGCUGGAAACCCGGCAACCAAUGGGCAUUAGACCAAGCGAAACACAAUCUAGUCAACCAUUAUCUCCUAGUAGGUGUUACAGAACAAAUGCUCGACUUUAUAACUGUUCUAGAGGCUACUCUACCUCGCUUCUUCAAAGGAGCCACAGAAUAUUACUUAAACAGUAACAAGUCCCAUCUAAGACAAACUAGCUCUAAGAUAGAACCUAACCUCCUUACUGUAGACAAAAUACAACAAUCGACAAUUUGGAAAAUGGAAAACGAACUCUAUGAAUUCGCGGUAGAACACUUCAAUUUUGUCAAAAGAAAAUUGUUAGCCAAAGAAGCUAAUAAUGUCGCCCAAAUAUAUUUCUAUGAGAAAAUACGGCCUAAAUAAGGAUUAUUUUAAUGUUACUUUUGUAUAGCGUUCUUAAGGUAUGGACACAUUAUACCUUUUUGAGGUAAAAAUAUUUUUUGUCGACUUAAUUUUUUUUGUUCCCAAUUUCCAGGUGAAAUAACUACUUAAAUAUAUUUUUGUGUACUAAUAUUUUUUUGUUAAUUAUCAAGUUAUUUAGUGAAUAAGUUUUUUUUCUUGAUAUUAUUGUCCGGACUAUUUAUAGAAUUGUGUUGAUCAUUCCAGGUUUAGAUUAUAUUAAAGACAUCGGUUUUACUGUGUGGACAGGGAAAGUAGGACGAAUUGAAAUAUCGUGGCUAUGUUGAGCGUGGCUAAAUAGUUAAUCCCAUUAACGUGAAACAAUGACCUAUAUUUUCGCUUGAGUUAAAAUUAGAUAAUGGUCACGAUUAAAUAAACUAUUCUGCUUUAUGAUGCUAUGAAGGAACACAAAACAAUAAUAACCUACAAUAAUGUGUUUUUGUCUAUGGCAAGCACAACUGUUCCAAUUUUGAAUUUAAAAAAUGCUGGCCAUUAAAAAAAAUUCUUGGCACAGAAAAAAAAAGUUAAAAAAAUGGCCCAAAAAUGUUGUCACGCUCAAUAGCUACAAUUAACUUUGUGUUCUUUUUAGAAAAUAUCUUAUUAGGUACUUAAACUUAGGCCUUCUAAUAAAUUAGAUAACGAAAUUUAGUUAGUAGAAAAAGUAGGCCUUAAUACUUAAUAGACAAUCAUAGGAAUUAGUUCCUUAAAUUAUCGAAUUUAGAGUUUAAUUUCCAGUGACAUGUUUAUACUUACACGAAAAGACAUUUUUCAUAAAGAUUUCUCUUGUAGAAAAAUCUUUGUAUAUGGAUUGUUAAUCAUGGAGAACAAAAUGACUAGCAGAGAUGUCAUAAGAAAGUAGCGCGCCAAAAUGCGUACUUGGUGCUUUAAAAAGUAUCUCAUCUAAAAGCACAAACAAUAAUAAAUAUUUUUUACUUUUGUAUAUUAUUAUGAACUUUAUUAUGGAGCUAAUUUCUUCAAUAAAUAAUUAUGAAAUCGAUGUCAUAAGAAAGUAGCUCGCCAAUAUUCGGGGGACGACGAACGUUACUAGCUCCGCCCUUACAUGCCUUUUAUGGACCCCGCCCAUUAUUUUCAAAAUAAAAUCACCAAUCAAUCAAGACCAAUCUAUGCCAGAUUGGUUUUGAUAUGACAAGGAACCCGAACGCUUCGUUAGUUCUUGUAACUGAUCACACCUACCAUACGUUACUUGACCUACAAGAAGGCGCCCGAUCUACCUUCCUUAUGGCAUCUCCGCUAUCUUUCCUUUCUCUGUGUUGUUAAUCGAUUGGAAUGAAAUAAAUCGUCACCUUAUAGAUAAUUGUAGAUUUUAUGUAAAUAGAUUGACGAUAUUAUUGAAUAUAUUUUUGUGCUUAAUUUUUUUAUUUGCGAACAUAUGAUAUUAAGAACUGUUAAUUUUUCAACAUGUAAGUUACCUGCAGAACUUUAUCACAAGCAAAUGUACAGUCAGACAGACAGACAUAUUUUUUUGUAAACAGAUUUUUUAUCUAAUUUAUAAUUUCCUUGGUGCUUUACAGUUACUCAGUUAAAUGCACAAACAAUAAUAAAUAUUUUUUACUUCUGUAUAUCAUUAUCAACUUUAAUACUGAGCUAAUUUUGAAAUCGAUAUUAUUUUCAUGUAUUAAUUUUUCAUUGGUGCUCAUUGUCUCUUUAAUAUGUUUUACUAUCAAUAUCUAUAUUAUUAUAAAAAAAUGUGAUAUUUUGAAGUCCAUCCAACGACUUGUUAUCUCAAUAUAUUGCUAUAAUUUGUUUAAUGUUAUUGAAUUUAUUGCAAUAGUCUUUAUUUGAUAUUUUAAAGAGUUUUGUAAGCGUGUGUUGCGGUUUCAGACCAAUAGAUGGCGCUGAUUCUUGGGCAUGUACGUGUAGCAUAUAAAACAAUAUUGUAUCUCCGUAUAAUAAAAUACGAUAAAUAUCGCACCACAUUAUUUGUUUUGCGAAAAAUAAUAUCAUAUAAUUAAAGCAUAGGUAUGUAUGUACCUACGCAUAAAGCGUAGGUACAUGACUCAUGACUAGAUGUUAUUUAAGA